CAUCACCACCACCACCACUACCGUCAUCAUCCUCAUCAUCAUCAUCAUGGCGGAUCAAGGCGAAUCUCAGGCUCCCGUCCACCACCCGCAGCCUGCGCCGCUGACAACUAGCUGGCCAAUAACCAGGGAGUCGUACGAGCUGCAGGAAGUCAUAGGCAGCGGGGCCACAGCUGUGGUGCAGGCAGCCCUCUGUACCCCCAGACAGGAGCGUGUUGCCAUAAAGAGAAUCAACCUGGAAAAAUGCCAGACCAGCAUGGACGAGCUAUUGAAAGAAAUUCAAGCCAUGAGCCAGUGCAACCAUCCGAAUAUUGUCACCUACUACACCUCCUUUGUGGUAAAGGAUGAACUUUGGUUAGUCAUGAAGCUUCUGAGCGGAGGCUCCAUGCUGGACAUAAUUAAGCACACAAGCAAAGACGAGGACAAAAGACGAGCCCUAGAUGAGCCUAUUAUUGCUACUAUAUUAAAAGAAGUGCUGGAGGGUCUGGACUAUCUGCACAGAAAUGGACAGAUCCACAGGGAUGUGAAAGCUGGAAACAUACUUCUGGGAGAAGAUGGAUCUGUUCAGAUUGCAGAUUUCGGCGUGAGUGCAUUCCUAGCUGCAGGAGGCGAUAUGACUAGACACAAAGUACGAAAGACCUUUGUUGGCACACCAUGUUGGAUGGCACCGGAGGUGAUGGAACAAGUACGAGGCUAUGAUUUCAAAGCGGAUAUAUGGAGCUUUGGAAUUACAGCGAUAGAGUUAGCAACAGGCUCUGCACCCUAUCAUCGCUACCCUCCUAUGAAGGUUUUAAUGCUUACCCUACAGAAUGACCCACCCACUCUAGAGACGGGUGUAGAGGACAAGGAAAUGCUCAAAAAGUAUGGCAAAUCGUUUAGAAAGCUUAUAACUAUGUGCCUUCAGAAGGAUCCUGCCAAAAGGCCUACAGCUGCAGAGCUUUUGAAGUGUAAAUUCUUCCAGAAGGCUAAGAACAAAGAACAUCUGGUUGAAAAGCUUUUGUGUUGUGCACCAAAGAUUUCUCAGCGAGCUAAGAAGGACCCUGGACUCAAAUGGGAGAGCCUUUGUUUUGUGUCAGGCUCGGAAAAUAAACCUGACACCACCACCAGACGGGUGAGGAGAGUCCCAGGCUCCAGUGGUCACCUGCACAAAACGGAGGACGGAGACUGGGAGUGGAGCGACGAUGAACUGGACGAGGGCAGCGAGGAGGGCAAGGCGGCAAUAAUUCAGGGGAGGUCACGAAGGGUCAAAGAUGAGGCCGAAGAUGUUGAACCGUAUGAGGAUACACCAUACAUUCAGGGUGCUGUUAACAUGGUUCUACGGCUAAGGAACUCUCGAAAGGAGCUGAAUGACAUCCGCUUUGAAUUCACUCCAGGACGUGACACUGCUGAGGGCGUUUCCCAGGAACUUUUCUCUGCCGGUCUGGUCAACGGGCAUGAUGUGGUCAUCGUUGCUGCCAACCUUCAGAAGAUAGUAGACGACCCAACUACCUACAAAGUAUUGACCUUUAAGCUGGCGUCCGGCUGUGAUGACACGGAGAUCCCCGACGAGGUGAAGCUCAUCGGCUUUGCACAGCUAAGUGUCAGCUGAUGCUCUCUUUAUGCCUGAACCAGGUGAGACCGUUCAGGGCAGACUGUGGAGAACGCGACCGCUUCCUGCAACAAUCUCCCAAACACCCUUCCUAAAAGAAAAUACUCUCUUCCUCCUCCUCCUCCUUCACUCCUUUUCACCUUCCCUGAGGCUAAAACUUGGCACAGACUUCCCUGCUCACUGAACCCCCCCGCCCCCCCAAUUUUUACCUUAACAACAUUCCACCGCACAGCACACAAGAGCAGGAUCAGGAUACAGCCUAGGAACCUAAAGAUGUACUCAGGUGGUGAAAGAUGUAUUAAGAUGUAGCUUUGAAUGUUCUAUUUAUUUUUUAUUUGGUUUUGUUUUAUAUCCCAUUACCUCUGUGUUCCACAAAGCUCUAUUUAUUGAAAAUCAGAAGAUAUUUUUUAUUUUACUGCUGUUUUGUUGCCUUUCUGCAUGGAGUAUGCAU